UUGACAAUUUCUCACAACUAUAAAUGUAUGAACUAAAUUUAGGUAUUUUAUAUUUGCAGGAACAAGGUUUUGGCGGUGAGCCAGUGAGUUCACACCUAAAAGAUUGGCUUAUAUCCCGGCAGAGAUACUGGGGUACACUGAUACCUGUUAUACACUGUGAUAUUUGUAAGACUGUGCCAGUACCUAUGGAAGACUUACCUGUGGUCCUAUCGGACACAACAAAACCUACUACCAGUAAAGGUGGCUCAGUCCUAGCACAAGAUGAACAAUGGCUUAAUGUGAAAUGCCCAAAGUGUGGUGGCCCAGCAAAGCGUGAGACAGACACUAUGGAUACAUUUGUGGAUUCAUCGUGGUACUUCCUGAGAUAUUUAGAUCAUGCGAACGGGGAAGUUCCAGUAUCACGAGAAAUAGCCGAGAAAUACAUGCCAGUGGAUUUAUAUAUAGGAGGGAUUGAACAUGCAUUACUCCAUUUAUACUAUGCACGAUUCAUCAGUCACUUCCUGUGUGACGAGGGUAUAUCAUGUCACAGGGAGCUGUUUGUCAACCUUCUGACACAGGGAAUGGUGAAAGGUUUAAGCUACAAGGUCCAGAAGACAGGGAUGUACCUUAAAGCUGGUGAUGUGGAAAAAGUGGGUGAGUAUGGCUAUGAAUUUAUGGUAGUCUUACUGGAAUGCUUUCCCGCAAAAAAAUUCUAA